GAUUCAUGGCAGCCUUGUCUACAAAGAUGUUGACAGACAACAUGUUACUGAGUGUCUUCUUUCUUACAGGUGCUUUGGCUGCUUGUCCUGAUGAUUCACACCUCUUCAUUACUGCACCGCUGGAGAUGGAAGCACUGAGUGGAUCUUGUUUGCAAAUCUCGUGUAACUUUAGUGGUCGACCGAGACAAGCAUUUGACAGCAGGAGAACAACCAUUGGGGUGUGGAUUAUAAAUGACCCUAGAUUUGGAUACUAUCCAAACAAUGUGAUUUUCAACAGUGGUCAGACAGUUAACACCUAUCCAAUGAACAUUACUGGAAACCUGAGUCAGAAUGACUGCACCACUCUGUUUUCCAGUUUAAACACAACAUAUACAGACAGAUACUACUUCAGAAUUGAGGGCAAUGAAUUGAGGGCAACAGCUGUUUGUGAUCCUGUUCAAAUAACAGUCAAAGAUUCUCCUCCGAGCCCCAGAAUUGAAAUCUCAGGUGAGCUGAAGGAGAAGGAGUCUGUAACUAUAACCUGCUCAGCUUUCACUCCCUGUCCACACUCCCCUCCUAAACUCACCUGGAAUCUCCAACAAGAUGCUCAUAACAAAAUAGAGGAAAACGCAGAUCGAACCUUUACGACUAAAAUCCAGACGACCAUCACUCUGUCUGACAAGCACGAUGGAUGCAACAUCACCUGUUCUUCCAACUACUCUGUGAAUGAAGGACAAAAUGCUAAGUCAACAGAGGAAAAAGUGACUCUCAGUGUUUCAUAUGCUCCCAAAGACACCUCAGCGAGGAUCAGUCCAUCAGGUUUGGUGUCACCAGGUAGCUGGGUGAACCUGACCUGCUCCAGCAGAGCCAAACCUGCUGCCAACUUCACCUGGUUCAACAUCAGCAAAGAUGGACCCAUGAAAGUAUCUGAAGGAGACUUUUACAGCUUCAAUGUGACAGAUGGAGGAGUUUAUCACUGUGUGGCCACAAAUGAUCUUGGUAAUCAGACGUCAGAGAUCCAUCUGACUAUUAAAGUAGGACCAGAAAUGCCUCAUGAAUCUUUUCAGCAGAGGGCGAUUCUUGGAGGAAUCAUUGGGAUCAUCGUACUCAUCUGCCUGGUUGUCUGUGUGUGCAUUCUCGUGUCUUUGAAGUGGUUCCGGUCGCCAAAUCCAACUCCACAACAAACUCAGAGUCAAACAGGUGAAGAGCCAGCUGUUGAAGAGCCAGCCAGUAAAACAGAAGAAGAAAAAGUAGAGAGAGGCGGAGAAGACAUCCAUUACGGAGAGAUUGACUUCUCCAGACUGGGAUCUAAACCGUCCUGUGACUCAGUGCAGGACAGCGGACAGCAGCUGGAUACAGUGUAUGCACAGGUCAAUGUGUCCGAGCCAACAAACAGCUAAUACACACUGCUGACAGCCCAAAGGACCUGUAUGCUCAAGUGAAGAGAAACUGAGUUGUUUUAUUGUUUAAAGGAAGACAUUUGAGAAGAAUUCAUAUCAAAUGUUUCUUUAUGUUUAUCUAUACACAAUGUUCUUUUUAGUCAGUUAAUAUAAAAAAAGACACUGGAGCCUGGACAGAAAAAUGUCAUUAUCACAGUUUAACCGAUAGUUUCUAGCGUUGUGUUAUGAGGAAGAGACUCAGACCAGGGUGUCUAUGGAGGCAACCAUUUCUUUCGGCAACUGACGACAGAAGUAAAUAAAAAAAACCCUCCGGUCAAUUGUGAUGCUAACUCAGGCUCCUACACAAAUUAAAUAACAGAAAUGUGUUAGCAUACUGCACAAGACGUCCAAGCUAAUAAACAAACUUAUACCCGUAAUUCAAAGGGAGGGCACAACGUCGCUUACCUCUCCCAUGAAGUACAACAAGAAAAGGGGAGAGGUAAAGGCGGGGGACAUCAAAAUUGAAUGUAGGGGUACAAUGUACUGAGUCUUAAAUGUUCCACAUAUUGACCCUGGAGAAGUAGCACGUCAGGAUGUAAAUAUUCACAAAUUUUGUGUAAUUUUAAUACAUAUGCUGCAUAGUUGACUCUGUUACAACAGAGCUCUUCACAACCAAAAAACAUCUUCCUUUUGCUUCUUUUACUUCUCUAGUAUUUCACAUCUAUAACAUAAUCUACUGAAAUGUCAAAAUACAGCUAUUAAUGUGACUCAGGUCUGAAACGUGUCAGAUUAAUGUCUGAAUCUUACAUUCAUAUUGUAAUAAACCUGGCUGUAGGUAUGAAUAUUUAAUACUGGACUGGCUGAAAAGUUACUGCUGCCACCACCUUUUUCCCCGGUAUGGUCUGGUGUCAGAGAUCUGAGAAAGU